CGAUAUGUUUUGACAUUAGUUUAAGAUGGCGGUAUUUUUCAGUGUUCGUACGUGAAAGCGGUCUCGUGUUUCGGUAAUUUUCGCGGUAUCGGUGAACAUUUUUUAAAUAUCGAGGCAUGGAGACUAGUGCGAGUACCGGUACUCGUACAUCGCGGUUUAUGAUGGAGGGUGUCGGCGCUCGAGUUAUUCGUGGACCCGAAUGGAAAUGGGGUAAACAGGAUGGAGGAGAAGGGCAUGUAGGAACAGUAAGAAAUUUUGAAUCACCAGAAGAAGUUGUUGUGGUAUGGGAUAAUGGUACUGCAGCAAAUUAUCGUUGUUCUGGUGCAUUUGAUUUACGUAUAUUGGACUCAGCACCAACAGGUGUCAAGCACGAAGGAACUAUGUGUGACACUUGUAGACAGCAACCAAUCUUUGGUAUUCGAUGGAAAUGUGCAGAAUGUGGAAAUUAUGACCUGUGCUCUAUUUGUUAUCACGGAGAUAAACAUCAUUUAAGGCAUAAAUUUUAUCGCAUUGCUACUCCUGGAAGUGAACGUGUUUUAUUAGAACCAAGACGUAAAACUAAAAAAAUAGCCAUUAGAGGUAUAUUUCCUGGUGCAAGAGUUGUUAGGGGUGUUGAUUGGCAAUGGGAAGAUCAAGAUGGUGGAAAUGGACGUAGAGGAAAAGUUAAUGAAGUACAGGAUUGGUCAUCAGCUAGUCCUCGUUCAGCGGCUUACGUUAUUUGGGAUAAUGGUGCAAAAAAUUUGUAUCGCGUUGGAUUUGAAGGAAUGGCCGAUUUAAAGGUUGUCAGUGAUGCAAAAGGACAAACAGUUUAUAGGGAUCAUUUACCAUUGUUAGGUGAACAAGGUCCAGGUAGGACUGGACCACAUGGUUUACAGAUUGGAGAUCAGGUUAAUGUCGACUUGGAAUUAGAAAUAGUACAAUCACUGCAACAUGGUCAUGGUGGUUGGACCGAUGGAAUGUUCGAAUGUCUUGGUACUACCGGUACCGUUGUUGGUAUUGACGAAGAUCACGAUAUUGUCGUUUCAUAUCCGAGUGGCAACAGGUGGACUUUCAAUCCAGCUGUAAUUACAAAAGUUCAAAUACCCGUUCCUGUUACAAGUUCCAGUUCAGACAAUCAAACCUUUGCUGUUGGUGAUUUGGUACAAAUUUGUAACGAUUUGGAAAAGAUUAAAUUGUUACAACGUGGUCAUGGAGAAUGGGCAGACGCUAUGGCACCAACUUUGGGAAAAAUAGGAAGAGUACAACAGAUAUAUCACGAUGGAGAUUUGAAGGUCGAAGUGUGUAGUACAUCGUGGACGUAUAACCCACAAGCGGUAACAAAAGUUGCUAGUAGCGAUGGUAGCGUUCCUGGAAACAGUAGCGGAGAACGUUUUUUAACAGAACUAUUGAAGAAACUAUUUGAAACACAUGUUUCGGGUGACGUUAACGAAGAGCUUGUAAAAACUGCGGCGAACGGUGACGCAUGCAAAUGCGAGGAGUGUUUAAAGAGACCCGAGGCCGACGUUAAUGGCGUAUUUUCUGGUCAUACAGCUUUGCAAGCUGCGAGUCAAAAUGGUCAUUUGGAAGUUAUUAAAAUUCUCCUCCGUUACAAAGCCGAUGUUGAAAUCGAGGAUAAGGAUGGUGAUAGAGCGGUCCAUCAUGCUGCAUUCGGUGACGAACCAGGAGUAAUGGCUUUGCUGGCAGGUGCUGGUGCUGAUCUCAAUGCUCGUAACAAAAGGCGUCAGACUGCCCUUCACAUCGCGGUAAACAAAGGCCACGCCGGAGUGGUUAGAACUUUGCUUGAGUUAGGAUGUCAUCCGAGUUUACAGGAUUCCGAAGGUGACACACCUCUUCACGAUGCGAUAUCGAAGAAACGGGAUGACAUGUUAGCUCUCUUGUUGGAUCACGCGGCGGACAUUACACUUACCAACAAUAAUGGCUUCAACGCGCUUCACCAUGCUGCACUACGUGGAAAUCCAAGUGCCAUGCGCGUCCUGCUAUCGAAAUUACCGAGGCCGUGGAUCGUCGACGAGAAAAAGGACGAUGGAUACACGGCUCUUCAUCUGGCAGCUCUGAACAAUCACGUCGAAGUUGCCGAACAAUUGGCGCGCGCUGGAAAAGCCGAUCUGGAUUUGCAAAAUGUGAAUUUGCAGACCGCUCUACAUCUCGCCGUUGAACGACAGCACACGCAAAUUGUUCGAUUAUUGGUAAGAGAAGGUGCGAAUUUGAACGUUGCCGACAAGGACGGUGACACGCCCCUUCACGAAGCACUGAGGCAUCAUACUUUGUCGCAGCUGCGACAGCUGCAGGACGUGCAAGACGUCGGUCGUCUUCUAAUGGGUCUUGGUGCUCAGGGUCAGGACAAGAAGAGUAGUUCCUUCAUCGCUUGCUUCCUGGCAGCUCAUGGUGCCGAUCUAGAAUUGAAGAAUAAAAAGGGACAAACGCCUCUGGAUCUAUGUCCCGAUCCAAAUCUUUGUAAAACUUUGACAACGUGUCACAAAGACAAGGAAUCGCACGACAUCGAAACCGCAGUACCGUCGGCAGCAAUCGACGAAUGUCUGGUUUGUACCGAUGGAAAACGUGAAAUGCUCUUCAGUCCGUGCGGACACGUUGCCUGUUGCAACGUUUGCGCACCAAGAGUGAAAAAAUGUCUAAUCUGUAGGGAAAAUAUUCUUUCGAAAUUAAAGAUCGAGGAAUGCGUUGUUUGUUCCGAUCGCAAGGCCAAUAUCCUGUUCCGUCCGUGCGGUCACAUGUGCGCCUGCGAAAGUUGCGCUGCCUUGAUGAAAAAAUGUGUUCAAUGCAGAACACAAAUUCAACAUAUGGUACCGCUCUCGAUUUGCUGCGGUGGAGAAGGUGAUGUCACUUACGUUAAGGGGUGCAAUGCCUCAGGAACCAUAUCGGAGGUUAAAGCUGACGUAGAAGAAGAACCAGUGCCAAUACCAACCGUCAAUACCAAUACUAAUACCAGUGGUGGGGAAGCUCUUUUGAUGAACAAUGGAAGUCGAGACACGUCUCACAGCGAUAUUCAAAAGCUUCAACAGCAAUUGCAAGAUAUCAAAGAGCAAACAAUGUGUCCCGUUUGUUUGGAUCGUUUAAAAAAUAUGAUCUUCCUCUGUGGACAUGGAACCUGCCAAAUGUGUGGCGAUCGUAUGUCGGAGUGUCCAAUAUGCCGCAAAGCCGUAGACAAACGUAUUUUGCUCUAUUGAAGAGACUGACCGUUAGUUCGAAUUAGACUAUCGGAAUAAUAAUUAUCUAAUAACGUAGUAAUUCCUUAUUGCGCAUCAUAAUAACGCCUGGGAUCAUAACGACCAUGAACUUUCCCAUUUCCUGUCAUCGCGAUGGUCCUAUUAAUUGCAUGUUCAUUAUUGAGAAGUAUGUAUACACGAUCGUAAAAUUUACAUUAAAGCGUAUGUACACGUCGUAUAGGACUUUUAGCGAAGAUCCACAUAAAUAAUAAAAAGUAUAGAUGUGUAGUAAAGAAAGAAAAAAAAAAAAAAAAAAAAGAAAAAAAAAAGAAAAAAAAAAGAAAAAGAAAACGUAA